AUGUUGGCAAUGUUGAUGAUGAUGAUGAUGAUGAUGAUGAUGAUGAUGAUGAUGAUGAUGAUGAUGAUGAUGAUGAUGAUGAUGAUGAUGAUGAUGAUGAUGAUGAUGAUGAUGAUGAUGAUGAUGAUGAUGAUGAUGAUGAUGAUGAUGAUGAUGAUGAUGAUGAUGAUGAUGAUGAUGAUGAUGAUGAUGAUGAUGAUGAUGAUGAUGAUGAUGAUGAUGAUGAUGAUGAUGAUGAUGAUGAUGAUGAUGAUGAUGAUGAUGAUGAUGAUGAUGAUGAUGAUGAUGAUGAUGAUGAUGAUGAUGAUGAUGAUGAUGAUGAUGAUGAUGAUGAUGAUGAUGAUGAUGAUGAUGAUGAUGAUGAUGAUGAUGAUGAUGAUGAUGAUGAUGAUGAUGAUGAUGAUGAUGAUGAUGAUGAUGAUGAUGAUGAUGAUGAUGAUGAUGAUGAUGAUGAUGAUGAUGAUGAUGAUGAUGAUGAUGAUGAUGAUGAUGAUGAUGAUGAUGAUGAUGAUGAUGAUGAUAAUGGUGAUGAUGAGUGAGAGGAUGAAAUAG